CUGUAUUCUCGAGCCGCCCUGAGUACUGAGACGGGGAAUAACAGGAACAAGCGCAUUUGGUGCUGCAUAUGUAGAGCUAUUACACAUUUUUUGUUUGUGUGAGAUAUAUAACUCGGACGUGCACACUCACCCGCUUUGAAUUCAGGAACGGAAAAAGACAAGUUGUCGUGACCAGAAUCAUGUCAACGGUUGACAGCUAGCUGAGGAGAAAACUCUGCCUUCAUCCUUCUAGAAAAAGCUAACCAGUUAGCCAUCCGCUGCAGCGUUAGCCACUGGGUCAUUUAGCGUCGAAAUGCCUGAUGUAGGACGCUAAUUAACGGCGCACACUUCUCCGGUGCUGUUUUAGCUGCUGUUGAGAGUAAAGUCGACCUUUUUGCCGGCAGAGUUGUGUGUAGAGUAUCGACCCAAGCAGUCGAACCGAGCAUGAUGCACCCCCUUUGCGGUUACGUUAGCCAGCAACACCUUAGCUAACGUUAGCUACAGAGUUGGCUAGCUAGGUCACUAAUGUGGGCUUAUUGCUGUAAUUAGUCAGUGACUGAGUAAACUGAAGAAAGCAUCUGAGCCAGCUAAACAUGGCUUCAGAGGAGGCAUCGCUACGCGCGCUGGAGAGCCUGAUGACGGAGUUCUUUCACAGCUGCACAACUAAUGAGCGAAAAAGAGAAAUAGAAGAGCUGCUGAAUAACUUUGCACAGCAGACUGGAGCGUGGCGCCACUGCUUGUUCUUCCUCUCCAAUACUCGAAAUGAGUAUGUAAUGAUGUACAGUCUCACAGUAUUUGAAAACCUGGUGAACAAGAUGUGGAUUGGUGUUGCUUCCCAAGACAAGAUGGAGAUUCGCAGCUGUCUGCCCAAACUCCUACUUGCUCAGCACAAAUCCGUGCCCUAUUUCAUCCGUAAUAAACUCUGCAAAGUCAUCGUGGACAUCGGCCGCCAGGAUUGGCCAAUGUUCUACCAUGAUUUCUUUACAAACACACUGCAGUUGAUCCAGUCCCCAGCUCUGGCUCCACUGGGGUUGGUGAUGUUGAAAACCACGUCAGAGGAACUUGCAUGUCCUCGAGAAGACUUGAGUGUUGCCAGGAAAGAGGAGCUGCGUAAACUGCUGCUGGAGCAGGUACCGACUGUGCUUGGACUGUUGACUGGUAUUCUGGAGACAUACUGGGACAAGCACAGUGUCAUCGCUUCUACUCCGCCUCCGUCACCCACCUCAGGAGAAAGUGUGGAACUGCUGGGCACUUUGUUUCAGGGCAGCCAGUACUCGAAGCUGCUUUGUCAGCCCAUGGCAGCAUUGGACAAUGACAGUCAGCAGCUCUGUUGUCUGGUUUUGGAGUGUUUAGCGCACCUGUUCAGCUGGAUCCCUCUGUCCACGAGUAUUACGCCCACCCUGCUGGCUUCCAUUUUCCAUUUUGCGCGCUUUGGUUGUGAUCUUCGCACGAAAGCCAAGAUAGGAUCCUUCAUCUCCUCCAACUCCUCCUCCUCUAAUGGACAGCUUAAUCCUGGGGUAAUGCCGCCGACAUCAAACGGAGGAGGGCGAAACGGACAGCAGAGCGAGGGGAACAAAGUGGAUCGCGCCCGUCUCGGCGUACUUGCCAUGACCUGUGUUAAUGAACUGGUGUCAAAGAACUGUGUGCCAAUGGAUUUUGAGGAGUACCUGCUGCGAAUGUUCCAGCAGACCUUCUUUCUUCUGCAAAGGCUGACACGAGAGAAUAAUGCUCAUACAGUCAAGAGCCGCUUACAGGAACUCGAUGAAAGUUACUUGGAAAAGUUCACAGACUUCCUGCGCCUGUUUGUCAGUGUUCACUUGAGGCGAAUCGAGUCAAGUCCUCAAUUUCCUAUUGUAGAGUUUCUUGCCCUGCUUUUUAAAUACACCUUCAACCAGCCAACACAUGAAGGCUACUUUGCCUGUUUGGACAUUUGGAGUGUGUUUUUGGAUUUUCUAACCACCAAAAUCAAAAGCAGGCUCGCAGACAGAGAAAGCGUCCUAAAUAGGUACAAAGAUGCCUUAGUUCUUCUGUUGAGGGAAGUUCUGAAUCGCAUACAGUUCAGAUACAAUCAGGCCCAGUUAGAAGAGCUGGAUGAUGAGACUCUGGAUGAUGAUCAACAGACUGAGUGGCAAAGGUACCUGCGUCAGAGUCUGGAGGUGGUUGCCAAGGUGAUGGAGCUGCUCCCAUCCCAUGCUUUUUCUACUUUGUUUCCCGUCCUUCAAGAAAAUCUGGACGUAUAUUUGGGUCUGCAGCAGUUUAUUGUCACCACUGGCACGAGUCGAAGGCUCAAUAUCUCUGCAGAGAAUGACUGCCGUCGACUUCACUGUUCUCUCAGGGACCUCAGCUCCCUCCUGCAGGCCGUCGGUCGCUUGGCGGAGCAUUUUAUUGGGGAGGUUUUUGCUGCACGUUUCAGUGACGCCCUGGCAGUGGUGGAGAGGCUGGUUGAAGUGACUUGUUACGGCUCUCAGACCAGCCUUUAUGACCUGGAGACCGCUGUGCCUUCUGUCCUCAAGCCAGACCUCAUUGACGUACACGCACAGGCCCUUGCUGCUUUGCAAGCCUAUUCUCACUGGCUUGCACAGUUCUACAGUGAAGUCCACAGUCAAAACCAGACCCAGUUCAUCAACCUCAUCACGUCCGCAGUAGAUGCCAGUAGCCCACUCAUCACAGCGAAGGUACCUGAAAAGUUGCUGCUCUCAGCUUGUCACUUGAUGGUCUCCAUAACUGCCACAGUGAGGCCUGUGUUCUUGGUCACUUUGCCAGCUGUUCAGAACAUCUUUAAUCUGAUUACUACAGAGAAUCAGACCCGCAGACUGCCCCAAGAGGCUCACAUGUUGGUGUGUAGAGCUUUAUCCAAUAUGCUGCUGCUCCCAUGGCCAAAUUUACCAGAGAGCGAACAGCAGUGGCAGACACGCUCCAGCAACCAUGCCAGCUUACUGGCAGCCCUCACCCGAGAGUAUCGUAUUUUAAGAGGCACAGUGAACAUUACUCCACGGCAACCCGGCCUGGAUGACAUGAAAGCAGUGAUAAAGCAGACCCUGCCUGUCCUCAGAGACAUAGUGGACAGCAUCUCCGGUGAAUCCACUAAAUCACGUCAGAUCUGUUACCAGAGUCUUCAGGAGUCUGUCCAAGUGUCUCUCAGCCUUUUCCCAGUGUUUAUUCAGCAGCCAGAUGUCACAGAUGAGAUGCUGGCCUUCUUCUUGACGCUGUUUCAGGCGUUGCGAGUCCAGAUGGGUGUUGCCUUCACGGGUCAGAUCAUCCACACUUUCCUCAGCAUGUUCACCAGGGAACAGCUGGCAGCCAGUAUUUUACAGGAGGGCAGUGCAGGUUGUAGAGUGGUACAGAAGUUCCUGAAAAUCCUGCAGGUGGUGGUACAAGAACCUGGUCAAGCAUUCAAGCCCUUCCUACCCAGCAUCCUCUCGCUGUGCAUGGAGCAGGUCUACCCAGUUGUGGCAGAGCGGUCUUCGCCAGACGUCAAGGCGGAGAUGUUUGAGUUGCUAUACCAAAUACUUCACCAAAACUGGAGGUACUUCUUUAAAACUUCAGUCUUAACAAGUGUCCAAAGAGGAGCUGCUGAAGACACGAUGGAAAAUGAAGCCCAGUUCACUGCCGCCAUGCAGGCUUUCGGACAGUCUUUCCUGCAGCCCGACAUCCACAUUUUCAAGCAGAAUCUCUCCUAUUUGGAGUCACUCAACAGCAAGCACAAGUUGUAUCACAGAAAGCUUUUCCGGACCUCGAUGCUCUUCCACUUCAUCAACGUGCUGCUGCAAGUCCUCCUCCACAAAAGUCACGACCUCCUCCAGGAGGAAAUCACCCUCGCUAUUUACAACAUGGCCUCUGUGGACUUUGAUGCCUUCUACUCCGCCUUCAUGCCAGAGUUCCUCAACGGCUGUCAGGGUGUGGACACGAGCCAACGAGCUGUUCUCGCACGCAACUUCAAGCUUGAACGGGACCUGCCUUCGUUCACUCAAAGCGUGCAGCGGCUGGUGAAUGAUCUUCGCUACUACAGACUGUGUAACAGUAGCUUGCCCACUGGCACCAUCAAGCUAUAGCACAAUGACUGAUUGAACCACUCCACAUCGACUAUGAUCUAAAGGACUGCCUGUGCUGACCACUUUGCCCAACACUCCUCCAAUUCAGCUUUGCUCCACCUCUUCAGAGUGACAGGAGGAAGCGACACACAUGGUUUGGUUGAGUAAUUUUAGGUUGAGGAUGCUGCUGAUGUUCCUUUGAUUUCUACUGUAGAAGGUUGGCACAUUAUUAUUAUUUUGAAAGCAGUGCCCUCCUUAUGUAUUGCCAAGGUUAAUUUGGCAAGAAAUGUAAACCUGGUCUGCAGUUGGCUUUCGCCCAGACCUGGAGCAGUCUGAGCCAGGCCUUCUUUCCCACGCCUCCGCGACAAAGCUGGGCUGGGACUGAGCACUUUCAACUCAUUUUGAGUUUUUUAAAUGUCUGCUUUCAUUCAUUUUUGCCUUUUUCAUCUCCAAAGGAGACAGACUCUCAACUUAAGAUCUUUCAUAUCAUUCCAUUCUGAAAAAGAGAAAACCUGCUUGAUUAAUAAAGUGCUUUUUUAGUAAAACUCACGCAUUGGUUAAUUCGUGCUUUGAUUGGUCUGUGUUCCCUCUGGCAGAGUUGUUGCACUAUUGUUUGUAAGAAUAGCGGUUGUAUUAGGAGAUUCAACAGUUUGCUGUAUCUUUGCACUGUUUUUGCUUUAUAGUUGUUAAUGACGGCUUUUCAUUUUAACUUAAAAUCAUUGUUGUUAACUGCAGAAUAACUUUUGAGGCUUGCAUUUUUUUAAUAACCUAGAUUCAGAUGUUGAGGUCUUUGCAGAUGGACAAAGCAGAGACGGAUUUUUAUUGUGAGAAACUUUUGAGCAUGAAUAGACGAGAGUCUUGAGGCGUAACGUGUGAGCAUUUGCAUGGGAAGAAUAUUGAGAGAGUUUGACAACUUUCACAGUAAUAAGGUGAAACAAGAGCACAAACUUCACAGUACUCUGUACAAGAUGUUGCAUCUCUUUCUGCAGGUUGAGCAGGCAGCGAUGAUCCCUGCUUCAAUCCUAGUGUCUGGUAUCGUUUAUCAGUCUGAAGCUUUAGACAUUAAGAUGACUGAACACCUAUAAAGUGUUUACAUUCAGUUUUGCCGUGGGCUUUACUGUGUGAUUGCUGGAUGUUAGAGAGCUGUUUGGAGCUGUCUGAGCUCCACCAACAGGACUGUGAGGGAACAGAAAUAAUCUUAAUUGUUGCACUGCUUUAGUUUGAUUGAAGAUUUAAUUUUUUUGUCUCAAAAUCUCACCGUGAUGCUGAAUUAUGUAAAUUAUGUCUUUAAUGUAAAAACAAGUAUAUAUAUAAAUAUCACUGUUGCCAGA